UAGGCAGUAGAGUGUAUGUGCAGAGAGAAAAAUAAAAGAAAUAAAAGAGAAGAGGAAAUAAAAGAAAGGAGAAAUUAAGGGAGAAAGGGGAGAAUUGUACUAGUACAUAUAUUAAGGUGCCAUUAGAGUCUGAAAUAAAAAUUUUUCUCGUACAUUGGAAAUUUAAAUUUUUUUUUUCAAAUUUAAGAUUGACUUCUCUGUCCGAUUACAAUCAAAAUCUAACAAUUGUGUUGCUCUAAAUAUUAAGAUUUCAGCCUUUCUCUUUUCUGAUGGAGAACCAGUUGAGUCUAUACACGAUUUUUAUGUUUCUUGUUUAACACCUUUUACUGGAGACGUUUCAAUAUAUUCCGAAAAUGUUUGAAGAAAUACCUCAAUAUUUUAUUUGUGGACAACGUUAUAGACUUGAUCUUUUAAUAGAUUAUUUGGAAGGAAUUGAAAUAUUGAAUACUAAAUGGAAUUUGAACGAAAAUUUAACAAAAAUAUGUGAAUAUCCUCCAUUCUCUCAAAUAUUAAAUGAACAAUAUAAAAAAUUGGGAAUUAUAUCAGACGAAACAAACAAUUCUAAUUUAUUUAAAAAUGAUAUUUAUAUUGAAAUAUUACCUGAAAUUAUUGGGGAAGAUUCAAAACAAUCUUCUAUUGGAGAAGUUAUUGUAGAAUGGAGAAGUCAAAAUUCAUUGGAACCAAUUCGUUCAUUAAUUUCUAUAAAACAGCUUCCUUUUUAUUCUUCACAAAUUUCUUUACAAAUUAAUUUAAUUAACGAAAACAACAUCAAUUCUGUUGAUAAUAAUUAUCCUUUCCAAGUUGGAUAUCCUUUUAAAAUUUGUUUUACUUUAUGGAAUUCUCUUGGAAAAACAACAGAAGGAGGAGGAGGAGAACCUUUACCUAUUCAAAUAUUUUUUGAACAAAAUAAUAACCAAUUUAUUUUUUCUGGCAUUAAAGAGGUACUUAAUAGAGAUUCUGUUGUCCUGAUUCCCAAAGAUAAAAAAUUCCCGACGUUUUUCGGGUAG